UGUGGCGUGUCCUUGCCUUACCGCUCGGCUUUGGGGCGCGCCACGAUGCGGAAGGUGGUUUUGAUCACCGGGGCGAGCAGUGGCGUUGGCCUAGCCCUCUGCAGGCGGUUGCUGGAGGCAGACGAUGAGCUUCACCUGUGUUUGGCGUGCAGGAACAUGGGCAAAGCGGAAGCUGUUCGUGCUGCUCUGCUGGCCUCUUACCCCACCAGUGAGGUCACCACCGUGCAGGUGGAUGUCAGCAACCUGCAGUCGGUGCUCCGGGCCUCCAAGGAGCUCAAGCAAAGGUUUCAGAGAUUAGACUGUCUAUAUCUAAAUGCUGGGAUCAUGCCUAAUCCACAGCUGAAUAUCAAAGCCGUUUUCUCUGGCCUCUUUUCAAGAAAAGUGAUUCAUGUGUUCUCCACAGCUGAGGGACUGCUGACCCAGGAUGACAAGGUCACUGCUGACGGGCUCCAGGAGGUGUUUGAAACAAAUGUCUUUGGCCACUUUAUCUUGGUAAGAAGACUUUGGGCUUAA